AUGCUUGCCAAGAUACACUUUCUGCACCAAUCGCGUGAUGCCGUCCUCCUGCGUGAGGCACCUCAGAACGCCGAGGUGGUGCAGCGUGUGAGAAGUGUGCUACGAGAAAGGCAAACGAAGGACCUCAAAACGGGCGUGCUGCCCACCCACGGCGUCAGUCUGGAGGAGCGUCUUCGGGGGGGCGACAACGCCGGGGAUGAGGAGGAGGAGGAAAAUCGCCUGCUGCUCAUGGAGUACCAGCGCUCCCAUGCCGAGGCGGCGAAGCAGCUCCGUGAUCACCCCUUUGGCCGCCUCGUUCGUUACCUCAACAAAUGUAUGGAUCGCAUCGAACUUUUGAGGAAAACUAUUUGUGUGAAUGAGGGGGCGCGGCACGGCGGCAGAUGA